AUGGCCCCGAGCAAAGCGAUCAAAGUCUCUCGGAUCACCGUGGCAUGCAAUUCCUGCCGGUUCAGGAAGCAGAAGUGCAAUGGAAAUAAACCGAUCUGCACACAAUGUCAUCAGCACAACCGGCGUUGCGAUUGGCCCGAACAACUGAAACGAGGCCCCGCCAAAGGCUACAUCGAAGCUCUCGAGCACCGACUCCAAGAGACCGAAUCUCUGCUAUUAAAAUUCCUGGCACACAUGUCCGACGCCCAAAUAUCAUCCUCGAUACAUAAUGCCCAGUCAGAUAUCCAUUCCGGCAUGACCGCGGCCCGAAGUCCUCCGCCGUCGUAUACACCGUCCUCGCGAUCGGGGAAACGAGGAACGGAGUACUGGAAACGGUUUCCUCUCAACAGCGUACAGGAUGUCAGAGCGUGGCAGCAGGACUGCCUGAAUCAAGAACAACGAACGGGCUCAGGACGAAACUCGGCGGACCGGGCGGUCACGAGCGUCUCCGACAUCCUCAAUUCCAGGGAUAGUGAGCUCCUGAGGGAAACUUCACACGAACCCAGCGACUAUCGACCGGCGGCUGCCUCCAGGUCAGAGCUUCCACCGCUAACCCCAUACCGAGCCAACGUAUAUGCGAGACUGGACGAAGUUAGCGAACCGGUGAAAGAACCGAUAAGUAACCUCGAGAAUCACCCGGAUGCGUACAGAGAGAGGGAGGCUGAGCCGCAUUCUGGUCCGAUGUUUCCCGCCAUACAGCUCCCUCGUAUCAGUUGUUCCCAGUCGGAUCACUUGCGGGGGCAUGGGCUGAACACACCGCAGGCACCGAGUUUAUGGAGGGGCGCACCUUCUGUGGGGUUUCAGCAGCAAUAUCUUUGGUAG